AUGAACCGCCAACUUAUCCAAGAUGGCGGCGCCAACAAUGCCAGAGCUCAACUCGCUCGGCCCAGUCCUUCGAGUAACCUUCAGGACAGCCUCGGGUCCAGUCCUCCUCCACCGCCACAAGAUGGCGGCCAAAACAGGACCCGUCAACAACAACCUUCCCUUCACAAUCCUCCACCAGGCAAUCUCCUCCCAAAUACCGCCGUUUCUUCUGGUCUCGCCGUUUCUUCUGGUCUUGGUUCCCUCUCUUCUCCUGUCGACUUUUCCGAUCCAGCCCAAGUAGCGUCGCUUCACCCUAACUUCCGACAGCCUUCCCUCGCCAGCCAUCUGACUAAAGCCACCUCGACGGCCAUCACCAACGGUGAGUACGUGGACUUUGCUUCCCUUUUACCAAUGACCUCCCUCCUCACUGACACCAUCCAUUCCCAUCUUAACCUUAAAGUAGGCGAUCAGGGUCUAACUAUUCCCCUUCCCUCCUCCUAUAAACGCCCCCAAAUCACCUCUAUCGAUCGAUUGCUCGAUGCCUUUGCCAUAUAUUUCGCCGUUAUAGUGUCUGUAUAUCCCUCUCGUGCCGCGGAUUUAAUAGCCUAUCAACAGUUGAUUCGAGAUGCGGCACGAACGUUCCCUGGAAUGGUUUGGUAUGUUUAUGAUGUGGAAUUUCGAAGGCAUGCCUCCCAUAACCUUUCUGCCAAGUGGGGGGAACGGGACAUCCAGCUCUACCUCGAUACCUUCACAGGCCUCCCCAAAUCGGGAUGCCGAUCUUGCAGCAGCAGUGAUCAUCUUUCUGAUACCUGCCCUUUAUCUCCUCGUAGGUCCCGGGAUGCCCUUACCCAAUCCGACCUGUGUUACAACUUUAACAAAGGCCGACCCUGCGCUCGCACCCCAUGCCCUUACCAACACAGGUGUAACCAGCCGGGAUGCUCAGCAGCCCACUCUGGGAAAGAUCACACUAAACUCACCCGCCACAGAGAAGACAGACCUAAAUCGUCUUCAAGCUCUGGCAAUUCCUCCCGAGGACACUCCUAA